AUGGUCCCACCCAAAAGGGCGGAGCCCAAAGAAGUCAGCCGCCGAUUCGCUGCCUUUUAUCCAGGCCUGGGCGGAGCCGAGCCCCAACCCCGCCCCCCUAAGGUCCACCCUUAUUGGUAUAGACCGUCAGAAGACGCGCCCAAUGAGAAAAGAGGGGCGGCCGCCAUCUCCCUAUCCGCUGCGUCAACGCGAGAGUGGACGCAACUAAGUGGCAGACGCUAUCCUUCCGUCUUUCCGGGUCUUCCUAGCUUCGACCCCCGAUUCUGUGGACGCUGGGCCGGAGGGAGAGCCAGAAAAAAAUCCUCUGAUCGAGAUACUUUCAUCACUCCCCAAGGAAGCCACUGCGGGCCAUGUGCUGGGUCGGACAGGGCAGUGAGCCUCGGCUCCGUGCUGAAUUUCGGCAGGAUUGGGCCCACCUUGCACAGAGGCCGGGAGAGAGGCUGCCUGGUUAGGUCUGAGAUUCCCGGGCCUGGCCUUUUCCGGGCUGCACCUUCGGGAUUUGGGGGAGAGGUAGGAAGCGGUACCCGGAAACCGCGCAGCUCAAACCCGGAGCAGUUUGGUGAUUUGUGCGAAUCUUUGGCGCGCAUGUGCAAAAGGUACCAGGCUCCCAGUCAGAGCCAACUUGCCAACGAGAGAGCUUCACAAAAGACCCAAGCUUUGAAGCGGGGCCUGAAAACCGCCAAAGCGUGUGCCGACCUUCAGGAUUGUCUGCAUGCCACAGCAGUGUGUGGAAGGAACCAUAAACGAAACGGAAUGACCUCACAGUGA